GCUUAAAUUCAGAUAAGAUUAUAGUCGUUCAGCGAUGUGUCAGUAGAAAGUUUAUUUUAAAAUCAGUUAUAAUUUUUAGUGUGGUCAAAGCCAGUGAGUUUUACCAUGGCGAAAGUUAGUGUCGAUUUACCCGACAUUGAGAACAUUUUAUCACUAAAUCCUCGCGUUCACACCCAUUCCAGCUUGGUACCUACGAGCCAAACCAAGAAGAAUAAAACCCACUGGAAAAGAAACGCUGACAAAAAAUGCCAGGAGUGUCCUACUUUGGAAAACGAUUUCUCGGACAUCAAGCCUACAACUUUAAGUGAAAGAGCAGCUUUGAGGGAGGCAGCGAGGUGCUUAAAAUGUGCAGACGCACCCUGUCAAAAGUCCUGUCCCACUCAACUGGACAUAAAGUCUUUUAUAACGAGUAUUUCCAACAAGAAUUACUAUGGCGCAGCAAAAGCCAUUUUUUCCGACAACCCUUUAGGAAUCACCUGCGGCAUGGUGUGUCCCACUAGUGACCUUUGCGUGGGUGGUUGUAACUUACAAGCUUCGGAAGAGGGAGGGAUAAACAUUGGGGGACUACAACAGUUUGCUACAGAGGUGUUCAGCAAAAUGGGCGUGAAACAGGUACGAGAUCCAAGAACACCACAGCCCAAAAAUCCUAAUUCAAAAAUAGUACUCUUCGGAGCCGGACCAGCGUCACUUUCCUGCGCAACUUUCCUAGGACGGUUGGGGUACGAUAACAUUACUAUUUAUGAAAAACAAGACGUCCUGGGAGGACUUAGCACCACGGAAAUACCUCAGUACCGACUUCCCAUUUCUAUGGUAAAUUUCGAAAUCGGCCUUGUAAAAGACCUAGGAGUGAAAAUAGAAACAGGACGAUCACUUUCAAUGAAAGACCUAACUAUCAAAAGUCUGCUGAACGAUUCAAAGGCGAUAUUCAUUGGUAUUGGCUUGCCACAACCGAAAAUUAAUCCUAUCUUUAAAGAUUUGACGCCCGAAAUGGGAUUCUACACGUCUAAGAGCUUUUUGCCUAAGGUUUCGAAGGCUAGUAAGAGCCCUGCCGAUGGAGGAUGUCUUUGUAAGACCAGCGCCGCGUUACUUCCUAGGCUGUAUGGAAAUGUGAUUGUUUUGGGAGCUGGCGAUACAGCUUUCGACUGUGCCACAUCGGCAUUACGAUGUGGUGCUAGGAAGGUCUUCGUUGUGUUUAGAAGAGGUUUUAGCAACAUAAGAGCGGUACCAGAAGAGGUUUCAUUGGCUAUUGAGGAAAAAUGCGAACUAAUGGGAUUCUUAUCUCCCCACGCUGUAAAUGUUCGGGAUGGUAAAAUAGUCUCAGUGACCUUCAGCAGAACAGAACAAACUGAAGAUGGCAAAUGGGUUCAAGACGUCGAACAGCUCAGCACCUUGAAAGCUAACUUUCUUAUAUCGGCCUUUGGAAGUGGUUUGGAAGAUCCUGAUAUGAUUGAAGCUCUGAAGCCGCUUGAACUAAAUGGAUGGAAUUUGCCGGUGGUUGAUCCGGACACAAUGCAGUCAUCGCAUCCAUCUGUGUGGUGUGGUGGUGAUGUAGCAGGUACAGCGGAAACAACGGUAGAAUCGGUCAAUGAUGGCAAAACAGCCGCGUGGUAUAUUCAUUGUGCUUUGGAGGGUUUGCCUAGGAACACCAAGCCAAAACUGCCCUUAUUUUACACCGAAAUCGACGAGGUUGACAUUUCGGUUGAAAUUUGCGGGGUGAAAUUCGAAAAUCCGUUCGGUUUAGCCUCGGCCCCUCCCGUCACUAGCACGGCGAUGAUACGGAGGAGCUUUGAGCAGGGCUGGGGCUUCGUUGUCACAAAAACUUUCUGCCUGGACAAGGAUAAAGUUACCAACGUUUCUCCGAGGAUAGUUCGAGGGACGACCUCUGGAUACCACUACGGGCCUCAGCAAGGAUCUUUCUUGAACAUUGAACUGAUUUCAGAGAAAUACAUGGAUUAUUGGCUGCAAGGUAUUAAGGAGCUGAAAGAAGAUUUUCCGACAAAGGUCAUCAUUGCCAGUAUUAUGUGUGCGUACAUCGAGGAAGACUGGCGAGAACUGUCCAAAAAAGCUGAAGAUAGCGGAGCUGAUAUGCUGGAAUUAAACUUGAGUUGCCCCCAUGGAAUGGGGGAAUCCGGAAUGGGCCUUGCAUGUGGCCAAAAACCAAAUCUCGUGCGGGAUAUAUCCAAAUGGGUUCGACAAUCAGUAAAGAUACCGUUUUUCAUUAAACUGACCCCAAAUAUAACUGACAUAACGGUUAUCGCUAAGGCGGCUUAUGAAGGUGGAGCUUCUGGGGGUACUGCUAUUAACACGGUGUCUGGAUUGAUGCACGUCAAGCCAGACGCGACAGCUUGGCCUGCCGUUGGAAUUGACAAAAGAACUACUUACGGAGGAGUCAGCGGAAAUGCCACGAGACCAGUUGGGUUAAGGGCAGUUUCUUCUAUCGCACAACUACUACCGGACUUUGCAAUUCUAGGCGCCGGUGGAGUUGAAUCGGCUGAAACGGCCUUCGAAUACCUGCAGUGUGGAGCUGCAGCUGUUCAAGUCUGCAGUGCCGUACAGAAUCAAGAUUUUACACUUAUAAAUGACUAUUGUACAGGCCUUAAAGCGCUGCUAUAUCUAGAUGGAAGAUUGGCUGGUUGGGAAGGUCAAAGUCCACCGACUUUCAAGAAUCAAAAGGGCAAGCCCGUUAUUCCGUUGUAUGACGAGAAUGGCAUUAAACUUCCACUUUUCGGACCCUACCAGAAGAAAAGAGAAGUGCAGCUGAGCAAGUUGUACAAAGCAUGCAGAGUGAAAGAAGAGUUGAUUCCCCAUCACGAUGGCGCCCAAAUUAAUUUCAGUAACGGCGUUGCUGCCCCGUCACAAAAUUGUGGAGGUGCAUCCAAAAAAAUUCCCAAAGUGCAGGAUAUUAUCGGCAGGGCCCUUUCAAGGAUCGGCGCUUAUAAGGAGCUUGAUAAUACCAAGCAAGUGGUUGCUUUAAUCGAUGAUGAUAUGUGUAUUAACUGUGGUAAAUGCUACAUGACAUGUAACGAUUCCGGGUACCAAGCCAUACAUUUCGAUCCAGAAACUCACAUUCCUAAGGUUAACGACGACUGUACGGGAUGUACGUUGUGUCUUUCAGUUUGUCCAGUGAUCGACUGUAUAACGAUGGUACCAAAAACCAUUCCGCAUGUUAUCAAGAGGGGAAAAGGUGUCCUACAUGGUGUCCACGCACUUAAUAACGUAGUUAAAGUUUAAUAGAAAGAUUUUAAUGCAUUUAAAUGAAAUAGUCCUUUUAAAUAAAUUUUUAAUAAACUGUUUUAUGUAACGAUAUAUUCAACUGAUGUAAAAUUAAAAAAUAAAUAAAUUUCAAUGUAAAAAUA